AUGCAAAUCCCUCCACUUGUCGUGUGUGGCCCCUCAGGAGUGGGGAAGGGAACGCUUAUAAAAAAACUGCUACAAGAAUUUCCAAACCGUUUUCGAUUUUCAAUUAGUUGCACGACGAGAAAUAAAAGAGAAAAAGAAAGGAAUGGCGUUGAUUACUAUUUUAUAAAUAAAAGUGAUUUCGAAAAAAAAUUAAAAGCAGGAGAGUUUUUAGAAUUUGACAAGUAUGCUAAUAAUUUUUAUGGUACGUUGAAAAGUGAGUACGACAUUGCAGAAAGGGAAAAAAAAAUAUGUUUAUUUGAAAUGAAUAUUAACGGAGUUAAACAGUUAAAAAAAUCUGAACAUGUUCAGAAUGCCAUUUACAUUUUUGUAAAACCUCCAAGCAUUGAUAUUCUCUUAACUCGAUUAAAAAAUAGAAACACAGAAAAUCCAGACGAAAUUAACAAACGUAUGCAGGAAUUAACAAGAGAAAUGAAUGAAGCAGAAAAUGUGGGUUUUAAUUAUUUUAUAGUUAACGACGAUCUCACAAGGACAUAUUCAGAGCUUCGAGAUUUUUUGUUGAAAUCAUAUCUACAGCUUCUAUCCACGAAAGCAGGUAUUUAA